AUGAUUCAAGGAGGAGACUUUACUAAAGGUACUUUUAUUUUUAUAUCAAGAUGGUAAAUGAAAAGGCACACUUAAGCUAAAGGCUCAGAUGGCCGGAGCUUUUCCUGGUUUCCUCAGCAUGAAGCAUGCCUAGGAGUAUUGCUACCCCCCUCCCCCUCACCCUGGACAUAAUCGCUGGGUUACCCUCCAGCAGUAUGUCACCUGUGCCCAUAUUUAUACACCUGGGUGAAGAGAGGCCAAGUGGAGUAAAGUUCCUUGUCUAAGGAAACAAUGCAGUGGGUGACUUUAAACCACAGACAGUUUUGUAAUAAGAACAGCAGUGUUUCACAGAGUUUUUAAAAGCUUCUGACUAUUAACACCUGAUGCAAGGUGCUUGUUACUUUUCAUGUUCGUAUCAGAUAUUUUUUUGAUCUGUAAAACAUGUACUACAUCAGUCUUCUAGGUAACACUAAGCAAAAUUUUUAGUUGGUUUCUCACUGGAUGUGUGUCAAUAAUUUUUUGCCAAAAAUUGCCGCUUCAAUGAUUCUUGCACUACACGAUUCUAGUAGCGUGAUGAUAAUCACAUAGUGUGCGACAAGAUUCUCAUUGCGCAGGAAACGAGACAUGACUGGUAACUUACUUUUGAGCGGUACUGUUUGUCAUGUGCUGUACAAAUCAUUCUUUGCAACCCUUUGAUCAAUUAGAGCAUGCAUUUAAAAUUUGUUAAAUAAAUUAUAAUUUUUCUAUUAUUUUGUCUAUCACAGGAAAUGGGACUGGAGGAGAGUCAAUUUAUGGUGGCACAUUUAAUGGUUUGUAGCUUCACAGUAUUAAUCUCGACAACAGGAUGUGCACUUAGAGUCAGAUUUGUAGUUGUAAAAAUUGAAGAAGUGCAAUUGCUGAGGAUUGAGUAUAGUAAACCUUUAAUAUCUGAAUUGAUUUUGUGUUAUAGUCAAACAGGAAUUUUAUCAGUAGUUUGUCAGGCCUCGUUGUAAACAUAAAAUUGAGUUGACUACAGUGAAACCCUGUUAUAAUGAAGAGCCAAGGGACUGGCGAAAUAUGUUAAUGUCUCUGAUCCUUUAUAAUGCAUGUUAAACACGAAGUAAUUUAAUUAUUAAACAAACAAUGAGAAGUUGGCCUUAAAUGGGGGAGCACUGCCUUGCACUAGGUUAGCCUGUGCGACUUCCAGCGAUGGCGUGACCAAAGAACCUCACUUAUCUCCCUAGCACUACGAGCUGAAUGCAAUACAGCAUGUGCCGGAUCGGACAAGAGUACCAGUUUGCAGGCAAUAAUUAUUAUUAAACAGCAAUGCAGCCAACAAGCAUGGGGGAAGUCACUCCACAGACUUAAUUGCACCUCCGAGGAGUGUCUCUACAUUAUUUGAUUGCAUAGCACAAAACAACGCCCAUACCUUGAUCGUCUCCAAAGGGAGGGAGGGAGGGAAAAAUUUUACACGACUAGUAUACUGAGCACUUAAACCUUGCUGAACAAUGGAACCCAAGUGAACUCUGAACAGUUGUUCUUGGCUUUUAUAGCCAGACGAAUGUCUGCUGGCAUAGCCAGUAGAAAAGGCUGUACUACAAGACCGCUCAGCGUUACACAUGCACACUCUUAGCCAUGAAUAGUGGUUUCAAAAUACUGGCCAAUGCUGUGGCUCGUACUAGCCUGCUUAAGACAAGAAGGCCGUAAAGUUCUACACUAGAAUACAAUUCAUCUUAGAGCUUGCUGAACUUGACAACUACAUUUUACUGGUGUUAUUUUCCAUAUAUUUUACUAUUACUGGGGUUAAAAGAAAAUCGUUCAUUGUAUCCAGGACUUCAUUAUAUCAAGGUUCUACUGUUCUACAAUGACUCUUAUCUCAGGGCUGUGGCUAAAAUUUCAAGUUGCUGGGUAAAUGCAAUUAGUAGGAGGGGAAUUGUACUGAGCUAGGAAUUAGUUCUUUUGGUUCUGUUUUCGUUUUGUUUCCUAUAAGAGAAGCCAGGGCUCACACUCAUAGUACCCAGGUAAAAUCCCCAGCCCCCGGUUCGUAGUGACAGCCCUGUAUCUUCCAGUGAACUUACACCUCAUGCAAAUCUGUGUCUUACAAUUUAUUAUCUUUUACACAAGAUGUUCUCAGCUUUUGAUUGGUUUAUAUUAAUCUGUCAGCUAAUAAUUCAGCUUGUUCAUGAUGUGGAGAAUGAAACAAUGUUGUGCAAUAUUGGAUUAUGUAAUAACAUUACAGAUCUCAGCAUUUAAUGACACUCUUAUUGAUCUUCAUUUAACUAUAACAGUAAAAAGGGCUUAAUUUGCUUAUUGAUACUAAGCAAAUUAUGCCCUUUUUCAGGAAACCCUUAAUUUUUUAUUAAUAACUAUUAUAAAGCUGAUCUAAUGGGGUGUAUAUUUUUAACUGCUUAUCUAAAUAAUAUAUGAAAAUAAUUGAGUUUUUUGUUAACUGGGGCUGAAACGUAUGAGAAGUACAAACAUGUAAUUGUGAUAACUGCAGUGAUUUACUUGUCAUAUUAAGUUUUUCAUUUUUUUUGUUUUCCCUAUAACAGAUGAAGGAUUCAAUCUUAAGCAUGAGACAGCAAUGUUGUUGUCCAUGGCUAACAGAGGUCCAAACACUAAUGGUUCUCAGUUUUUUAUGUAAGUAUUUGAUCUUUUAAGAGAUAGAAACCACCCUAUAAAUUUGAAACCAAGUAUAAAAUUCAACUGCAUCAUGCAUGUAGAUGUGUAGUAUAAGUCAGGUCCUGAUCACUCAAAGAUUGGAUGCAUGUAGUGCUAUCCACUGUAUAAAUAAUUAUUAUUAAUUAUCACUAUGGAGUGGUUAGAGUGUCAUGAAAUCCAAUUGCCUUGCCCUCUGGAUAGUAAUUUACCUGGCCCCAGUUGUUCAAACGUUGGAUAGCGCUAUCCACCGGAUAAAUCACUAUCCAGCGGAUAGCGUAAUUGGUUUCCCUAAUACUUAUCCGUUGAAUAGUGAUUUAUCCAGUGGAUAGCGUUAUCCAACGUUUGAACAACUGGGGCCUGAUGAAUAGCAUUACUCACCUUCUGAGCAACUGGACACUGUUAACUUAAUUACACUGGCAAAAAUGGUUCAGUUCUUUUUGAAUUUCCUGCUGUUGUCUAAUUUUCCCCGCCUUUAAUUCUCAAUUCUUUUCUUUUCUCAAGGCCCCAGGUUCAAGUUUAAAAGGGGGUUUAUGUACUUCAAUGUAUCAACUUGAUAAUAUUAAUCUCUAUCCAGUCGUUGAUCCAGUUGUUUUCCCUAAUUAAUACUUAUCCACUGGAUAUUAAUUUAUCUGCUAAAUAGCAACCUGAUCCAAGGAGUGAACAACUUGGGCCAGAUUUCAGGUCUUCAAAGGUAAAAUGACAUCUCUGUGAUACGUUAAACAAUAUUGUAGUGUGAAUAAAGACAAAGUUUUAAUGUUUUAAGUUUUUAUAGUGUGUUUAUUUUGCUUUUCACAGAACAACUCAGCCUGCCCCACAUCUUGAUGGGUAAGUUUUCUUUUAACUUGAUUCAGCUGUUCUUACUGACAGAAAGGAAAUUUCUGUUAGCAUUAUGAUGUUAUUGGUACAGACAAGACAGUGUUUCACAUGGUUUCAUUUUUUCAAUUUCAAUACACAAAUAUAAAAAAGGGCAUCAAAUUUUGCUAUGUUAUUUUUCAAACAUCUGAAUUUUUAAAAGAUAUCAAGAUAAAUGUAACAAACAAAAUGCAUAUUAACAUUAUUCCACAACAGAAUAAAAAUUACCAGUAAAACCAGUUCGUAAUUAAAUUUUGUUGUCGAUACACCUAGGCUCUACAGUAGAAACAGUUGUUGUUAUUAAAUCUUAAUCGUUUUUAUAUGAUUUGAAUUUUCUAUGGGUAUUAAAUUAAAAUUUUUUGCGUGUUUUCGUUUUGUGAGGAUAUUAAUUCCCGAAACAAAUAUUGUGAAAUAAAAAAAAAAAAUGUGAAAUUGGGUAAUGGCAUUGUACAUGACUUGUACACAUAAUGCAUUUUUGUUUGUUGCCACUCAAAAGCAAGUCACAGAUCAAUGAUUACCCACACUUCAACAAUGUUGCUCUUGCUUAUAUUGUGGUAUAUUUAUUUUAUUUGUAGGAUUCAUGUGAUAUUUGGCCAAGUAUUGCAAGGUCAGGAAAUAGUGUCAGAGAUAGAGAUUCAAAGAGUUGAUGACAAGAGUAGGCCCCUAGUGGAUGUAAAGAUUAUUAACUGUGGUGAACUUAUUCCAAAAGCAAAGGCUAAAGGUACAGGAUAUGUUUCCAUUGACUAAAUUUAUGUACAGAACUGUGCUCUAACAGCAGUGCUGUCCGCUGACCCCUGGCAUCAUACUUUAGCUCUUGGGUGAUGUCUUACUGUUAUUUGUUAACUUUCAACUGCAGAGAAGAAAGCUGAAAAGAAAAGAAGGAAAUCUAAGCGACAUUCUGACAGCAGCUCCUCAGAUACUGACUCUUCAGAAUCAGACAGUGAUCAGUCAUCAACUGAUGAGUGGGAGAAAAAGAAACGCAUAAAAAAGAAAAGGAGAAAAAAGAUGAGUGAAUCUGUAAAACGCAAGGACAAGAAGAAAGCAAAGAAGAAAAAGAAAGAGAUAAAAGACAGGUAAGUGGCUGUAACUACACCACAAAUACAUCAAUACACAAACAUUUAACAAAUACAUACAAAAAAUGCAAAUCUGGUAAAAAUGAAUACUGUGAAUAAAAUAAUUAAUGACUUAAUAAAAAAAUGCAUAGACAUAUAAUUUCAAAAAUUAACAUUGUUCGCAAAAGGUACAGCAUUCAAUAAUUCAUUCAUUACACUCAAAUGACAACAUGUACUUGUAGAUAGAUUUGGUUGAGUAGCAAAAAGGACUGAUAGAGCCACUGUGCCGAGUGCAGAGCAUAACCGUGGCAAUCAACAUGUUGAAUUCCAAACAAGUUGAGGAGUAAGGGCAAGUCAAAGAGGUUAGGGAGAAAGUAGCCUGUGUAGUAAGCGUUUUUGUGUGGUUUCGGAGCAGAGAAAGAUGGAGGAAUGACAUGGAACAGGAUUUUUGGUUUUGGUCGCACCAAAAAUAGAACAAGAGCAAACUCUUGCUACGCAGGCUAGGGAGAAAGAAGAGAAAACAAUAUAUUAUUUUUUCUCCCCUCCCCCUUCUUACAUCCUUUUUUUACCCCAUGACUAGUCCAAGAGUUGCUAUUUCUAUUCUCCCCUGUCUUUCUCAGUGGUCAAAGAUGGCAGCCAUGGCAAUGCAGACAAGCAUUUUUUGCCCACCUUAAAAAUUUGUCUGCAUUGCUGGCUUCCCUGAGAGUAUUUACACAUACCUCGCACUAACCCAGGGUUAUCUUAACCCAGCUUUGAACAAACCUGGCCAAGUAAAUGAUAAGCAAAGGAAUCUGUGGCUACAUUUGAGGUCCCAUAUUACAUAAUAAUGUUGCUUUUUAAUUUACGCCCCCUUCCCUGUUGGUGAAAUAUUGACACUAAUAUCAGCAAUUAAUUUGAAUUCCAGUCCAGGAGAUGUUAAACCAAAGAGUCCUGAACCUUUUAGUUCAGUGGCUGUGGAUGAGAUCCCAGAUGUUCCCAAUAAUUCUUUUCUAUUGAGAAGAAGCCGCACCCCCUCCCCUGUCAGGGAAAAGAGGCUUCAGCAGGCAAAAAAUAGGUAUGUUUUCUCUGAGGUACACCUGACCUUAGUCAUUUCUACGAGAGCUUGGCUCAUUCCCUUUUCGGUGCAUAAUUAUCAUGAAUUAGGAAUUUUUGAGCAUGUAAGUCCAUACUAAAUUUGCAAAUGAUAAAUUUUGCGCAAGGCAAAGCUCUUUCUUUGUUCAAAGCUCUGAGGUAUAUACUAUUCAAAUUAAUUGUGACAUACAAAAGUACUUUGGAAUGGCAAGACAACUAGAUUUCAUCCACGGACUCAAAACUAAGAAGUGCAUUUCAUCCAACGUGGCUGAUUACACACUAAGGAAAUGGUACCAUGUGAAAGUACUACUGAUGGAAGAGGUUUCAUUUGAAUGGUCACACCAUAGGAUUUCAUCCACAGACUCAAAAAUUAAAACUACAUAGUACCAUGUGAUAGCACUGCUCAAUUGAUUCUGAUGGCAAAUGGUUCAGAAAACGUUGAUCAGAUGUUGAGAGAUAGAUGUCAGUAGUAUCUUCAAGUUGUUUAUAUUAUUUUCUGUUUGUAUGACCACAGGAAAAGUAAGUCUCCUCCAGGGUAUAAAGCUCCGCCUCAAAGUAAUUCACAGGAAAGGACCAGGGUAUGUACACCUGCUGAAAUGAUAUUGUUUGGGAGAUCAGUAGACCUUAUUUCAUUGUAUCCACCAUCUUCGCAUGCACUUCAGGACUGAUUAAUCACGUGACUUUGCAUUUAUCCCAUCAACCCUUGAACGCGUGCAAAGAUGGUGGUUGUUGUGAAUAAGGUCUAUACCUUCAACAGAAAAUAUCCACAAUUAUUAAUAAAUCAAUUACAUCGGAGUCUCUUGGUUCUUAAAAUGAAGCUUGGAUUCUGCGGGUAACUAUUUUUCUUUCUUUUAACACAAUUAUAAAACUUUUUACCCUCUAUCAUCUAUCUCUGUCUGUUUUUCUUAUCGGCAGGUUUCCAGGUCGGGAAGGAUUCUACGAGGACGAGGAAAUAUGGUGAGGAAAUUCCCCUGGUAUUAGUUUAAACUUCCUCACGAGAAAAACAAUACACCAGUAGAAAAGGAAAUCACCAACUAAUGAAUCAUUUAGAAACAAAACAAGGCAAAACACAUAUCUGAAAACCCACUUACAGUGUACCCCCCUUCCGCCUUCCGCCCCCCUAAGCAAAGAGCCUGGCCCGAGGCUACUCCAUCGGUUUGAAACAGAACUUAAUCACUGAUUUUUAUUUUGUCAGCGGUAUCGCACACCCCCGCCUUCUUCUCCGGAUGAAACGCGGAACAUUUCGCGCCGUUUUUCUCCACCUUUGGUGGCUCGGUUAAGGUCUCCACGCAGGCGUACAAGGUCUCCUAUGCGUCUUCCACGAUCACCAUUUAGACAGUCGAGGUCUUCUCGAGAACGCUCUAGAUCUCCCCGUCGACGCUCGAAUUCUCCUCGAAGACCCCCGAUGUCUUCUCGAAGACGCUCGAAGUCUCCACAAAAACAAUUAAAUUCCUCACAGAGACGCUCGCUGUCACCUCAAAGAGCCCCGAUUUCUUCUCGACGACGGUCGACGUCUCCACGAAAACACUCAAAUUCCCCACAGAGAUGCUCGCCGUCUCCACGGAGACGCUCGGGGUCUCCGCGACAACGCUGGAGGUCUACUCGAAGACAUUCGAAGUCCCCACGAUCACAGUUACUUCAGAGAACAGAUAGCAAACAGCAUAUGAAAGACCGUGAAUCAGCGGAAAGAAUAAUGAAACAGAGCUACUCAGUAAGAGAUGGUAAAAGCAGUGAUAAAUUUGCAACAGUUGAAACACGAGGUGAAAGGAACUCAAAUGAUGAAAAAACUAACGAAUGUUCACCUACAAUUGAAGAGCGCUUUCCAGAAAGUCGACGGGAAGAAGAGGAAAAGACCUUUUCUAAUGAAGGCUAUGCAAGGUCAAAGUUUGCUUCAAUCAAUGAAACUGGCAGACACAGGAGAGGAGAAAAUACUAGCAGUAACAGCGACAGUGAGGAAUUUGAACAAGAAAGUCGAGACAUUUUGUACAGAUUGGAAAAAGAAAGCCAUCUUGCGCGUAAAGAAGACAUUAGGGACAUACGGAAACCAAUUUCUUACUCGAACGGUGACGAACAGACAUGGAGAAGCUUAGCUCGUGAUUAUGAGUUUGAAGAAGGUCAUGGAACUUUGGAGGCGCAAAGUUAUGCACCCAUUCCAUUAAGCAAAGAACGUGAAAAUAACCGAGAACGUCUACAAUGUCGCGUUAAAAAUAACGAUGAACAGAUUUCUCCAAACGAAGAAAGCGCAGGCAGUGAACAAGAGGACAAACGAGCUUUCCUUCAGGGUGAAGGAAGGUUUAAACAUCAGGGUAUCUCAGAACGUAAAACUGGUCGUCGACAGCGCAGUAGGAGUUUUGAUAGACGCAGAAGCAGCUUUCAGGAGAGCGACCGGAACCGGAAGUCGCGUCAUCACCAUCGUCGUCAUCAUCAUCGUCAUCAUCAUCAUCGACACCAUCAUAAAAGAGACGCGAGGCAAUCGGAAAGAAACAUUGUCGUGACCGAGAAAGAUCAGGACAGUUCAAGUGACUGACUUAACUGCUUGUAAACUUCUCAAAGAUCGGUGAGAUCGUGAACGUAAACAGCACUUUUGUACGUUUCUCUGUAGAAACAGUCGAAAACGACACUAAAACGUGCAAAAGGAAGUUAUGUCCUGAGACAAAUAAGAAACGAACUCACAUCCGUUCAAACUUUUUCCAAGUUUUCCGAAGCUUUAAUUCAAACCCCUGUCUAAAGAGAGAAGAACAGGCAUUUAUUCAUGACUUAUCCUUUAACGACAUAUUUAUUGUCUUUCAUACUUGCAUCAAUUUUCCCUUUUGAUGGCUACUUAUCGUAAACUGCCGCUUCUACAUCUUGGUAAGGGGUUUUAGGAGGGUUUAUAAACGGAGGGGCUUACAUCCGAGGGAGCUUAUCACAGGACUAGAAAACGCUUCGAAACAAUCUACAGAAGUGCAAGUCAAAAUAAUUUUGCAUUUACUGGUUUUUAACUAAACGU